AUGGGCAUCUCUAAGAGACCAGCAAACAGAUGGACGCAGAAGCUGUUCUCCAAAUCCAGGGCUAGCAAUGAGAUCCCUUGGUGGGCAAGGGACCAGAGCAAGGGACAAGAAGUGGCUAAGAGUGUGGGGGGCUUUAUCCUGGGCCUUACUGUGGCUACAGCCUAUGGGCUUAUUGGUCUCUUGGUGCAGGGGCACAGUCCUUGGUCCUGCCUGGUGGUCACUCUCUCUCUAGCUAUCUUCUUGUCCCUAGGUUUAGGCUUUUCCCGUUCUAUCCGCAUCAUCGUCUUCCUGAUGCUGCCUCAGAUCUUCUCUAGACAGGGUCGGAUUCUCCUGCUGAUUGCAGCCUUUGGGCUGGUCAUGCAGGGCCCCUGCACCAACAUUAUCCGAAACUUCAGUAGGACAAGUGAUUCUGUGGCGUGUGGGGCAGAGCUGGCCCUUAACCAGACUGCAAAAGUGCUUCAGCGGGCUCGGCAGCCCUUAAUCAAUGCCCUGAAAAAGAUCAAGGCCAUCGCUUCAAAGGCCAAGGAAGUGGCUGACCGGAUUCGGAAAUUCUUCCGUUCUAUCAUGGAUGCUGUUAAGCAUGUGGUCAGGUCCCUUCGGAAUGUAUGGUUCUGGCUUUUGCACAUUGGUGAUGUGUGCAAUUCUGAGAUCGGCUCGCCCUAUAGCAAAUGUGCUAAGGUCUUCGACGAUGCCAGGAAUCGAUGCAUGAAAGCACUGGGCCAGUUCUAUUACCUCUGCUCUAUCCUCAUGCCUUUCAAGCUGCUGCUUUGUGGUCUGGCCCGGGUGGCCCAGCUGUUCUGCGUCCUCCCCCAGUACAUACAGCCAUUCUUGAGGAACACCAUUGGCACUCCCCUCAUGCGAUUGAUCAACCAGGUUCGGAAGGAGUUUGAGUUCAAUGUCACAGCUUCCCAUCACUUCAAAGUGAACCUCAAUUCUUCCCGGAGCUUGAGUCAGGUGGCCUUUGACCUUCAAGAGGCCGUCAACCUCAAGCUGCACCCCAUCAAGGAGACUCUGUCCCUGCUUACCAAUACCACUCCACUGCUGUUCGUUUUCCUCUACCUCAAAGCCCUCUUCUACCGGUACCACUACCUGAACCGGGACAGCUUUGACAACAUCUAUAUAACCAGCCGCUUUAUUCGAAUGGAUAACCUCCGAAUCCAGGCUGGUCUGCCUUCGGUCCUACCCCUGACCUCCAGGGAGCGCACCCACUACAUCCGGCCAGGUUCCCUACGCCUGUCCAGGAUGGAGAGGCUACGCUAUGCCUUUUCCACCUUCACCCUAAUCCGACAUGUGCUAGUGGUGCUAGUGCUGGUGGUAUUGGACUAUUCUAUCUUCUGGCUGCUGGACCUGGCUCGAUACUGGUUACAAGGGGAGAUCGUGGCUCGGAACCCUGUGUUGGUGUCAGUGAGUGUGGAGGGGACAGGCUACGUGGGACAGAUCUACCGUGACCUAGCAUCAAUGUUCGACAUCCUGCAGCAGGGAAAUAUCACGAUCCAUUCUCGGCGCUGCCUCCUCCGACCUUCAGAACCCAACUACAACAACUACAAACUCAUUGGCCUCAUGUAUGGCCUGUGUUUCUGCGUGACCCUCUUUGGCUCUUACGUCGGGCGGAUGAAUCGGCUCAUCUGUGCUUCCUACUAUCCUUCUCGGGAGCAGGAACGAAUCUCCUUCUUGUACAACACUCUGCUGGCCGGCAGGUCCAACUUGGCCACCGCUCUGCUUAGAUCUGUGAGGCGUAGGUCGGUUGACCAAGGGCAUCCCAAUUUUCUCUCUGUGCUCUCUGUCAAGUAUCCCUGCCUGAAACCACUGCUUAAACUCCUGGGACAACAUCGGACCUACUGUCUGGGCUGUGGGAGGCCAAAGAGGGAUGACCUGGAGGACUUUGUGUCCUGCAGCACCCCAGGUUGCAGAGGCCUCUAUUGCAGGACCUGCUUCCGGCUCCUGAAUAACACCUGCUCCGUGUGUGCGGCACCCCUGACUAGCCAGGGGGACCUGGACCUGGAGCUGGACUCCAGUGACGACGAGCACCCUCGCCUGUGGCUGGCUUCCGCCAAAAACCUGAACAAGGACAAGCGAUGGUCGCUGGAGAAGAAGCUGAAGGAAGUCCUGGGGGAGGCCAGGUUCAGGAAGCUGUCCCUCCAUUCCGAUUCCGGGUCUAACCUCGAUGCGGCCAAGAGCUGGCGGGAAACGACCACUAGCACGGACUUGGAGCGAGAGAAUGAGGAUGGGGGCAGAGGUGAUGCAGUUCCUGAGCCCAGCCCCGCCCCGCCAACUCCCUUCACUCAGUCCCCUUCGGUCCGUAUCGAUAUCCCUUCCCCUCCCCCCCUCCCCAAGAAAUAGCCCCCUGAUCCCUCUGCUUCCCUCCACCUUAACGCAGCCUUCUCUCAGUCUCCCGCCUCCAGACCCCACGCUCCUCCCCCAGCCCAUAAUUAAAGAAGGAAGGAG